UGUGCUCUGUGACCGACACCUAAAAAAACAUUAAGGAACCGGAUAUUGCGUGCCUAUUCGGAUAGACAUUUGCAACGCGCAAGAAAGGGGUCGUUUAGCAGUAAGGUCUCUUGACAAAAUGGGUCGCCACUUUGGAGAUUUGGCCAAGAUAAGACACAUAAUCACUUACAGCAUCUCCCCCUUUGAGCAAAGGGCCUUCCCCAACUACUUUUCAAAGGGAAUUCCCAACGUUUGGAGACGAUUCACAGCAUCCAUCUUCAAGAUUGCACCGCCCAUGAUUUUGAUGUACCUCACCUACACUUGGGGCAAUCAUAUUCAUGAGCAGAGCAAGAGGAAGAACAUUACAGACUUGGAAAAUGAGAAGUGAAGCCUGUCAAUGUUCAGUGUUUGUCUAUAUCAAUAAAGAAAAUAAUUAAACCAUU